GAUUCAGGGAUUAAGGAAACGAUAGAGAAAACAAGGGCCAAAAAGAAAAGAAAAGAAAAAAAAAUAAGUGAUAUAUACCACAAGGGCAUCAUCUAUCACCUAUUUUGGGUAAAUGACAGGCCCAUCUGGAGCCGGUCCAGCUGCAACAGCACCACCAGAUGCAGCAGCAGCAGCGACGGCGCCAGCUUCUUCAUCACCGAACGACCAAGGCCAAGGUCAAACCCAGAACCAAACCCAACAUCAUAUCACCCGACCUGCAUCCGCCUCUUCUCGCCAAUCUCCCAUACCGACAGCCUCCGCUUUUUCGGAGCCAGGAUUGACUAACCUUCAACAACACAAUGCCGCCGACCCAUCGAUCCAACUUUUAGCAUUUUCUGACGUCCCGUCCGAUUUAGUCCAACUCAAACCCAUCCCGGCCGACAAUAACGCCAUCACCGCCGACAUUAUCAAUAAUUCUUCUACCAUCAAGGCUAAAAAUCACCAGCCGCGCAAACCUUCUCCUGGAUUGGCUGCACGUCUCAAGGCCCUAGGCUUCGGUACUCAGAGACAAUCCUCACCUUCCGCCUUGGCACCGAAUCACGAACACGUCGGCCGCCUGCCAGAGGACCAGCUACGCUUUCUUGAUCUGAAACACCAAGCCAAUUCAAGCGAACUAGUCAUCGAACGACGCGGUCGGCCUUGGAAGGGUGCCGGUGCCCCUCUCCAGCUGUUGAGAUCCAAAUCUAGUCGCGACUCAUUUCGAAGAAAGAGCGCCGCGAGCGAGGAGGAGAAGCCAUCACCGCCUCUCUCUGUUCAGGCCGAACCAAUUUCUAAGCCUGAGCUUCUGCCUGAAAUAACUGAAGCUCCACCCUUGGAUAUGGACACUAACAAAUAUCGAUUGCCCGACCACACGAAUGGAAAUGGCACCAAGGCGCAGUUGGACACGCGUAGGGAACAUCUCGAGCGAGACCUCCCCGUCCCGACCCUAGAAGUCGAAGAUUCCCAAACGCCACCUCCCGUCCCAGCCAAGGACACGCCGCCCGGGGGCACAGCUUCUGCUGAAUUUACAUCCGACUUGCCUUCCUAUUUCAAUCCUCUAGGGCUUCAACGGCCGGGGUCCAUAUACACAAUAUCUCGUGCCUCGUUCGCGAAUCAACUAGCUCAACUUACCGCACUACAACUACCUGAUGCUGAAUUGCUAUCAAGCAAGGUUGCCGCCAUCCCCACCGCCCAGGCUGCAACGAAAGCCCUGCUAGGUGCUGCCGAACAGAUACGGAGCUGGAUCUCGAAAGCCUCCGAGGUUAUCGGAGGUCUCGAUAGCGACGAUGAUGUGGAGUGGGCAGCGGCCGGUGGCCGAGAGGGGUAUGAAGAAGUGGAGAAUGCCAUCACGAGAUUCGAAGGGCUCAUCAAUGUCUACGUCACCGCGAUCGAAGCGCUACAGAGUCGGCCAGACAUUGCCAACGUAUCUAGCGAUGACCUGCAAAGAGCAGUGACACAGAUGGAAGCCAUUAUGAGCGAGUGGUCAAAGAUUCGCUCUACUCUGAACAACGUUAAAGGCCAAGUUGAGACAGCCAUGGAAUGGGAAGAACUGUGGAACAUGGUUCUCGGCGACAUCCAGAACGAAAUGGACGAGUUGAGCCGAUUAAUAUUUGAAAUGGAAGAGCGACGCCAUAAGUCUAUAAUGGCAGUUUCUAAUGGAGAUGGUGUUGACAUUGGCGACCUGGAGACCAUCGUCGAGGAGACGCCGCCAGCCGUUAUGCGCAAUAACCGAUACAGCGUUCCAUCAUUCCCGCUCAGCCCAAGCUCUCCGGGAACUCCCACCCUCACCCAGGAUGACUCGAGUUUACUUGCGUUAUUCGCAAGGAUGCAGCCGUUGAGGGCAUCACUGGACUUUUUACCUAUGAGACUAUCCGUGUUCGAGGCAAGAGCCUCUGGUGCUUUCCCGACAGCUUGCGAGGAGCUUGAGAUGAGAAGAGAAGGCUUAGAAGCCAGCUAUGUGAAGCUCGAAAAAGAUGCCGAGUCUCUAAGAAAGGAACUAGGGGAGGACAAGUGGGUCUUGGUAUUUCGCGGUGCUGGCAGGCAGGCCCAGAAAAUGAUCGAGUCCGUGGACCGAAGCAUGGGUAAGCUGCGUGAAGCUGUGGACCAGGGGUUGCAGCUCUCGAGUCCUGCAGCGAUGAGUAAGAAGAUCGAAAGCUACGAGGCGAAGAAGAUACAUUACGGGCCAGCGAUCGAGCGCGUGUUAUCCAUCAUUGAUAAAGGUGUCAAGGAUAGGCUUACCGUUAACGGUGAAGUCCUUAGGCUACAUAACGAGUUGCAGUCGAAGUGGGCAGAAGUAAGAGAGUCGAUGGCAACAAUGAGUGUAGUCUUGGAGGAGAUUCAAUCUCAAAAGCAGAACCAACAGCUGCGGGAUUCGAUCUCAAGUAUGCUUUCCAUUGACAGAUCUACUGUUGCUAGUGGCAACGAUACUCCGGGAAGUUCGCCUCCGUCGUCGGUCGUCAUGUCCAGCCUAGGCCUGGACCCGAUUACUCCAGCAUCAAAGAACAAGAGGCGUGCCACUAGCGGCGGCAGUCAUUUGCCUCAGCCCUCAGCGGCCCGCAGAAGUAGUUCAAGUUUAGCUCCCCCGCCUUCACGACGACCCCCUGGAUCUAGGUAUUCCACAUAUCAAUCGAGCACUUCCAGCUUGACGACGCCACCUCGAAGUGGCAGUGCGACACCUAUGGCGACUCGGCUUCCAAGAUCUACUUCCAAUGUUGCUGACAACCGCCCUCGGUGGAAUGCGUCCACGAACACCAACGAUUCUGAUGUCGGGCACAACUUCAAGCCGCUUACCCUUACUACACCUAGCCCGUACGCCAAAACUCCUAACUCUACGCACGCGUCUUCUUCCAUAACCCCAACUUCCAGCGCCUCUAAACUUCCCCUUCGCAGUCCGUUGGCGAGGGCGACUUCGUCAUCACCAAUGCCCGACGAUACGCCUCCUAGGAGAAGUACCUCUCGACUUUCGUUUCGCGAUCGUAUCCAUGCUGCUGCUUCCGGACAGCCUCCUGCUAAACCUCGUUUUGUGACACAAGUAUCUAGUUCGGCUCUCGAUAAUCGAAGAUCUUCACUCCAACCGCCAAGGCCAGGUAGCAGCGUUAGUGGUAACUUUGGCGGCGUUAAGCAGCGGCCAGCUAGUUCCCUGGCCACAUCCAAUCGACGUAGCAGUUUACUUCCCCAGCCCAAAUCGAGGGCGGAGGAUGAGACUGGUCGUCAUAGCCCGCAUGCUGCGGCCGCUGCUCGUGCCGUUAUGCGCAAGGGUUACAGCAUGACGGAGUCGAAACAACCGAAAGAUAACAAACCUCGUUGGCACUUUUGAGUGGCACACGCUCGCUUUCAUUUCUAAUUUCCGAUCCGACUUGCGGAGGGGUC